UUCUAAGUUUUUCUUUAUUCACAAGUCAAAUUCAAUCAGUGUUUAGUACGUUUAAACUGAAAAUGAAAUUGAAAUGGGAGUAAAACAAAUUAAAUGCCAUACGCAUGACACAGUCGAUACUGUGAUUUUAAGCCCAUAUAUCCAUUUUUGAAUCAGACGACAUAAAAGCCCAUUAGAGAUUAUUAAGAAGCCCACAAUAAACGAGUAAGAUAAGCUUUACAACAAGGCAGCCACCGUGUUCAAUCGCGUCGCGAAACCAUGGGAGGAGGAGGAGCACUCGCGAACCACAUUUUCGUGUACGGAACGCUGAAAAGAAACCAUCCGAACCAUUUCCUCUUAGAGGAUCUCAUCUCAAAGAACGACGCCGUUUACGUCGGCCAACGCACGACCCGGUUAUCGUACCCGCUCGUCACGGGUCUCUACGGGAUCCCUUACUUGAUCAACCAACCCGGGUCGGGUCAACGGAUCCGCGGCGAGCUUUACUCGGUUUCAAAACGCGGGCUUGUGAGGCUUGACGAGUUGGAAGGGAUCAAAGUCGAGCACUACGAGAGGCUGCCGGUGGAAGUGGUUGAGGAGGAGGAGUCUAACGGCGUCGUUUUGGCGGAGGCUUACUUUGCUCAUCGUAGGUUCGGUGAGAGAUUGUGGGAGAAGAGAGGAAAGCUUGGUCUGUGUGAGUUUGGUGUAAACGACGGCGUUUUGUAUGUUAGGCCCAAGGAUAGGCCCAGGUUUAGCUCUGUUAUUGAUGAAAUUGAAGCUUUUGUUGUCUUCUACUAAUGAUUGAUUCAUAGCUCAAAAUUUGAUCUUUGCUGCUCCUUUCGGAGUAAAGAUCUCUAUAUUGUAAUAAUUGGUUGCUUUCGAUGAUUGUGAUUAUGUUUAACUCUGUUAUUGUUUA